UUGUGUCUGUUUUAUUGUAUUUUUAUUUAUUAUUUUAGAUUUUUUUUUAAGUCCGACAGCUGGGUGGAACAGCUGUAACAGCUGUACAGUUAGGAAACUGUGGCCACAUUAAAAACUGCAUCGCCUUUUUGUGACAGCUGCAUAUCAGCUUUCUCAGGGAUUUGUAGUUCUUUGCAGCUGGAACGCCGCGGCGUGCGUCGCGCCCGACGAGGGAAUAAACUACAAUUCCCACUGAACCACUCGGAGGUGUUAGUUGUCAAUAUGGCUGUUGUCAGACAGACAAAGCGGAGAGGCAAAUAAUUCGCCUCUGAUUAGAAAUCCUUGGAAAAGGGUCGCGCAGGGCACUGUCAUCACAUUGCGCUAUUGUUCGGCUGCAAUAAACGUCUCCGCGGGCCUUUGCAUCAGUUUAGAAGUUAAAUGGUUACGUGGACGAUUUGAAGAGAGGAUUUCUUCCUGCUCCCCUCCUUCCCUCCCCCCUCCCCGCAUUUCCUGUUUCCUCUCUCCCAUCCAGCAGGAUGUCUGAGUUCUGCGAGGAGCCGCGCUUUACAAUCGAGCAGAUAGAUCUGCUGCAGCGGCUGCGGCGCAGCGGCAUGACCAAGCAGGAGAUCCUGCACGCGCUCGACACUUUGGACCGGCUGGACCGGGAGCACGGCGACAAGUUUGGCCAUCGCAACUCCUCUUCCUCUUCCUCCUCCUCCUAUGGAGUGGGCGUGACCAACAACUGCACCAACAACUCUGCCUCCAACACUGCUACCACAUCGUUCAACAAUAACACCACUGCCUCUGCAACCACCGCCACCUCCUCUGUUUCAUGCAAUGGCAACAACAACAACGACGGCGAAAGCGGCGUCGGCGAACACCCCACCGCCGCCGCUGCCUCCUCCUCCACCACAUCCAAAAUCUCCACUGCCACACAGACACAGUUCAAUAGUGGUGGGGGGCUCUCGCCCUCGCUUAGCAACAACUACGACACCUCCCCGCCUCCGGGGCCGCCGCCGCCCUCUGCCAUCUUGCCAUCGCCCAUGUCACUGUUGGCCCUGUCCCAGAACGGCCGCGACAGCCUUGCUGCUACACCCAACGGGAAGCUGUCCCCGCCACGGUAUCCAGUGAACAGUGCGGCGGCGACGCGAGCGUUUGGGUUCGAAGGCUCCGAGGAGGACAUGGACAUCGACGAUAAGGUGGAGGAGCUGAUGAGACGGGACAGCAGCCUGGUAAAGGAGGAGAUCAAAGCUUUCCUGGGCAACAGGAGGAUUUCCCAGGCUGUGGUGGCACAAGUGACCGGCAUCAGCCAGAGCAGGAUCUCUCACUGGCUGCUGCAGCACGGCUCGGACCUCAGCGAGCAGAAGAAGCGGGCCUUUUAUCGCUGGUACACGCUGGAGAAAACCACUCCAGGUGCCACUCUGAACAUGCGGCCAGCUCCUCUGCCCAUGGAGGAGAUGGAGUGGAGGCAAACUCCACCGCCCCUCACCACCACUCCCGGAACCUUCCGUCUGCGUCGGGGAAGCCGCUUCACCUGGAGGAAAGAGUGUCUGGCUGUGAUGGAGAGCUAUUUCAAUGACAACCAGUACCCAGAUGAGGCCAAAAGGGAGGAGAUAGCUAAUGCCUGCAAUGCUGUUAUUCAGAAACCAGGGAAGAAGCUGUCUGAUCUGGAGCGGGUCACCUCCCUAAAGGUUUACAACUGGUUCGCCAAUCGCCGCAAAGAGAUCAAGAGGCGGGCAAACAUUGAAGCCACAAUCCUGGAGAGUCAUGGCAUUGAUGUCCAGAGUCCUGGAGGGCACUCCAACAGUGACGACAUCGAUGGGAACGACUUCUCCGAGCAGGCUUGCGACCUGCCUUAUUUCGACAAGAGACCUCUGAGCCGACCUUUUAGCCUUUAUCGACUGGAGCCCACCUCGCCAACACAGGACGACAGCGCCGCGCACAGCGAGCAUCAGGACCCCAUCUCUCUCGCUGUGGAGAUGGCCGCGGUCAAUCACACCAUCCUGGCUCUGUCCAGAACCGGAGGCGUCCCCAACGAUAUCAAGACUGAGUCCCUGGAGGACGAGUGAAAUGGGGCAGAUGAAUCGGGCGGGGCAGACCAGGAUUAUCAAAGGUGGUUAAAUGGAUCAGGGGGGUGAAAGUAUUGUUACUUAGUAAACCUUGAAAUUCUGCUCCCUGUCCUGCCCAGCUGCUGCUGACUUUUGCCUCUCCCAGUGUCCAUGUAAACAGUAAUUGCACCUCACCCCCAUUUUACUCGAUAUAUUGACCCAGCUGGUGGAUUCCUCCAGACUCUGAUCUCUGUAAAAACCUUCUCCCUUCUUCCACCAAACAGUGGCUCCUGUUUGGGAGCAUCUCUCCUCAAAGGAUACCUCUUCUCUUCCCUUCCUCCUCCAGACUGAAGGUCUGAGCCGAACCUCAGUCUGCGUCACCUCGACCUCAGCUAAAUGACAUGUAAAUAGUCACAGACGGGGUGCAGUCACUCACCUGGCAGCAGCCUGUCUUCUUCUGAAAAACACCUCUUCAUAGUGCAAUUCAUCGGAAGAGCGCCCUCCAGCCUUCGUCUCGGGAACGUCGGGCGGAGAGCGCCGUCCUCAAGCAGGAACUGUCCAGUUAUUGUUCUCUUUAGUUUCAUUCCUUUGGAUGAAUCGGACUGAGGAUUUUUUUUAGUUGUUGUAAAGCUGCUUUUUUGGAUUCAAACCCAACUAUCGACCUCCUUCCAAAACUCAUCUGAAGAGAGAUGGCCUUAGCAUCACAGACUUAUUCCUUCUUUGCAGUACAAACAGCUUUUUCUUUUGCACGGUUUAACAAAAACGCACUUAUUAAUACGUUUGUUUCCAACAGUAGAUUUAGCUCUUCCAGGUUUUUACUCCAAACCGCGACUGAAUACACAUCUGAUAGGCCUUUGUGUUAACCGGAGUCCACGGGGAUCGGUUUUGGGUCAGUGCGGCAAAAAGAAAACAGACUUUCUAAGCUAUUUUAAAUGUCCCCCAUGCCAAAGGAAAAGAUGCUGAGAGUGCAUGGCGUUCAGUUGAAUCCAAAGCGAUGGUUCCUCGUGCUCAGAGCAGCCUCUGGAGACACUGUGUUUGAAACUACAGCGGGCCUGUCAGUGAGGGGAGGGAUCAGCAGGCACACAUGUAUUGACAGAAAAUCCUUAAAAGCUAUUUACCACUUCUGUGACGCCGCCUCUUCUAAAGCGGCUUCAUUUAUGUGCUGUUUUUUAAGGAAAGUAAACGGAAAUCCACACAGUAAAGGAUAGAAUAUUCCUGUAACAUUUCAUGUUAUUAGUUAUAACCUUAAAAGGUUACUAAAUAUAAUGUUUUUGCCUCAAAAGUAUCUCCAGUUUGCAAUUCAAUUUAGGAGUUUAAUGACUUCAAAAAUAUGACCUCCGUCCUGUGUACUUCUGAUAGUUAUCAGAAAAACAAAGCUAUUUAGAGCACACGUCGCUCCUGAACUGGUUUGAAAUCAUAUGCAAGAGAAACUAGAUCCGUUGGUAGCUUCAGGAAACAACUUUAGGCCCCUUAAAGACCCACUCUGAUCAUUUUUUAGAUCCAUUGUAAAAGCAUUCCUAGUGGUUUUAAUUAUGAUUAUGCAGUUGUUAGCCAAACAGUCAUUUUCUUAGGCAUAGUUUCUGACGAGUGGCUCUAGUUCAUAAAAAUUCAUCCGAGUUGUGGGCGGGAUUUGUGACAUAUUUUCUAUGUCACAAAUCUCUUUUUCAAACAUUUUCUUGUCUGCUCUUGAUUCUCAACUAUUCACUCAAUUUUGAAUUUAAUUUUCUUUUAUAAGUUCUCCACAAUGAGGAAAAAUGCCACAAGAACAGCUUAAAAGUCAUCAGUGUGGGCCUUUAAAGUCAAAACAAAAGGAUCAUGUUUGAAUGAAUCGUGCAUGUCGAUGCAACCAUCUCCCUGCAGCAGCACUGUAAGUGUUGAGGCCCUCAGAGGUUGACCUUCCAGACCAUGGACUCUGGUUCAGUGUACCUAGAUUUAACAGGACUGCUUCAGUAUGUGUGAGAAGCUGCAAUAUGACUCAGAACUGGUUAAAAAAAAAAGGAAUAGGUUUCAUGUAAAAAAAAAGAAAAGUAUUUAUGCUAAUUUUUUUAUAAUGUACAAAAAGGAAUGAUGUUUUUAAAAUAAGACGUGCUUUAUUGUUUUGUUCGUCAUGCCAUCCCUAAUUUGACUGAGGCACUAGUCCCUUACUGAGGAAUCUUGCUGUUCUAUCAAAGGAGAAUGAUGAUGCACCUUAUGAAAUUUAAUGUGUCACUGCUUAAAAAGCUUGAAAUGGAACCGUUUCUCCCAGAGCCUUCCACUGAAACGGCAACGAGGUGGUCCUAAUCCUGAACAUCAGGUUGGAGCAAAGAUUGAGUAAGAGUUUAAAAAAAAAAAAAAAAAAUCAGAACUUUUCUUUUAGAUUGUUUUAUAUUGGCAGAAUUUGCUACAUUUCCUCACCAAGAGAUACAAACUCAAAGGUACAUAUUUUCCAGUUUGCCGUUCCAGUGGGAGAGCUCCCUCCAAAGGGGGGUGUCCACAUAUCCUUCAGUGACGCGCCAUCCUCCUCAUUGUUGUAGCCCAGAAAGGCAGGACUGAAUACUGUUGUAUCCAUCUCCAGACUCGUUAUGUUUAAAUUACUGUAUUGCCCAUUUCAGAAUUUAGUGCCUUUUUUGGACAGUAGACUGUUUUGUAAUUAAGAUGUAGUAUAUAUACAUUUUUUGUACAGUUUCUUUGUUCAUUUUUUUAACUUGUGUUUAUUUUAGUAUUAUAUAAAUAUAUAUAAAUAUAUAAAAUGUACAAGAGAAUAAAGCUAUAUCAACAUA